GCUCGCAGCGCAAGUAUUGCCUGCCUUGAAUGAAGUUUUCUUUCUUUCACCGCACAACGUAUAACUAAACAUACGAAUACCUUUAACUCUGUAACAUCCCUAUCUAUCUAUAUAUAUUUUUUCUACUUUGUCCCAGUUCUGUUACUUUUAUUAUUAUUUCAUUUGAGUCUUUCCACCGCUCGUUAUCUUGCGGGAGCCUUCUGGCGACCCUUGUCGUGGUCUCUUUCAUUGACUUCCGGGCUUUUGUUGUUUUAGUGGGGAAGGGUAGCGAUAUACCCAUCCCAGCAGCGCCUUGCCGCUUCUACCAACUCCUUUUUUUUUAGUACUUAUAAGCCGUACUCAUUAUCAUCUCUUUUGCCGGUUUUUUUUUUGCCUUGCUGCGAAAAAGGAAUCCAAGAAUCAUCAAGAACGGGGGAAUCGAGCUUAAAAGCCGUUUUCUCCUCUGUGACUCGUCUUCAAUCGAGUAUUCUUACGCACCUUGAAGUUGCAGAAGACACUUCUCAUCCUCGUCUGCUCUCCACGUCCGCGAUGUCGGUCUCUCCGCAGCAGACGCAGGAGAUCGCCGAUGACCUCGCUGGCGGCCGCUACGAGUGUGCCGUGUGCGCAGAGCCGAUUGGCCACCAACACGAGUUGUGGUCGUGCAGGUGCUGCUACGGUGUAUUUCAUUUGCCCUGCAUUCGUUUCUGGGCGGACAGCCAAACCAAUGAGCGUGAGAAGCAGCUGCAGUCGACGUCGGGCGUGGCUACGGCGGGCGAGCUGGAUCGCUUCCGAUGUCCUCUCUGCCAGUCCUUCAACCCCAAGAGCAGUCUGGCGGCGUACAGGUGUUACUGCGGCAAGGUGACGAGGCCGACGGUGGAUGCGAUGCUGGUGCCCGGUAGCUGCGGUCAGCCCUGUGAGCGACGCCAGGCAGAUCCGUGCUGCCCGCAUCGAUGCACGUUGCUCUGCCACCCUGGUCCGUGUCCACCGUGCACCCGCGCACGGGAACAGGCCUGCUGGUGCGGCAAGCGCACCAAAACCGUUGGCUGCUCCAGCGGAGUCCACGGCUACGAAUGCGGGGAGACGUGCGAGAAGGUGCUGGACUGCGGUCAGCAUCGCUGCAAGGCGCCGUGCCACGAAGGGCCCUGUCCGGUGUGCACGGUGAUGGUGACGGAGACGUGCUACUGCGGCGCCACGCAGCGCACGCGUCGGUGUGGGGCCUCUCCCCCCGCAGGGGAGGCGACAGCGGCCGAAGGCAGUGUAAGCGGCGGUGGCUUCCGUUGUACGCGCCACUGUGGGAAGAUGCGCGACUGCGGCAAUCACGUCUGCGGUCUGCUCUGCCAUCCUGGCGAGUGUGAGAAGUGCUUUCGCACGCCGGAGCGGCAGAAGUUCUGCCCGUGCGGCAAGACGCGGGUGCGGGUGCAGCGCACCUCGUGCUUAGACCCGGUGCCGUCCUGCGGCCUCCUCUGCGAGCUGCCGCUGCCGUGCGGUCACCUGUGCUGGCUGAAGUGCCACGACGCCACGCCGUGUGCGCCGUGCAAGGAGAUGAUAUCGAUGCCGUGCCAGUGUGGCGCGCGCACCGUGACUCUCCCUUGUUUUUGUCAGUACCUCCCACCGUCGGAGUGGGAGGCGGCGCGGAAACGGUGCGAGCUGCCAGCCAGCGCGUUGCCCUCGUCCUUCCCGCCUCGGUGCAACCAGGUGUGUAGGAAGUGGCUCUCCUGCCACAAGCACCGCUGCACCAACACGUGCUGCGUCGAGGCGGAGCACACCUGCAUGCAGAUCUGCACUAAGAAGUUGGCGUGUGGGGAGCACCAGUGCGGGCAGCUUUGCCACCCAGGGCCGUGUCUCCCCUGCACCUACGUCUCCUACGAACCUUUGUACUGCCGGUGCGGACGGACCUGGGUGGACCCGCCGGUGCCGUGCGGGACGAAGCCCCCGCCGUGCCGCUACCCAUGCAGCAUCCCACGUCCGUGCGGGCACCCACCGAACCACGAGUGCCACAUGGAGCAGGAGUGCCCGCCCUGCGUGGUGCUGGUUGAGAAGCUCUGCGAGUCGCACCAGAGGCCGAUGCCGUAUCACAUUCCGUGCUACAAGAAGGAGAUCUCGUGUGGUCGAAGGUGCGGAAAGAACCUGCCGUGCUGCGGCAAGUUCUGCGAGUUGGUGUGUCACAGUGGGCCCUGUGUGCAUCCAUGCAACAAGAACUUCCCUACGCUGGCGGAUGUGUUGAGAAGAAAUCAAAAGAACGGCUCGCUAUGA